GUUGGUGGCGGUAAUGCACCUUAAAGUUGGUUUCCAACCGCCAUAUAAACUCCACAGAAGAUGAACAACGAGUCCUGUGUUUUGAAAUCUGACACCGCUACAGGACUGUGACAGCUGUGAAUCGGUUCAUCUCGCUAAGUUAUCUUAUAGGGAGGGACAAGUUACAUUAGCUAGUUGUAUUGGCACUUCCCCACAAUGGAAGAAGCAGGAUACAAAGCCAUGGCUUCGGCUACUUCAGGUUCUAUUCACUUCUUCCACAAUGAUUUUUGAGGAUGAGAUACAAAUGAAAGAAUACCUCAAGAUGAUGACUGAUAUGAUCGUGUUGUGUGCCACCCUGGCCAUCUCCCUCUUCUUCUGGAUAAUUUCCAUCACAGCCAGCACAUAUUUUGGCACUCUCCAGCCGGUGUCUCCAUGGCGAUGGUUGUUCUCCAUCCUGGUUCCUCUGACUCUCACCACACGGGCCCUGAAGAAGAGGAGUCUGGACCACAGCGGAGCCCUGGGAGCCCUGCUGGUCGGCUUCAUCCUCACCAUGGCCAACAUGAGUUUCUUCUCUGCUCUGCUGGCUUUCUUCAUCACUUCCUCCAAGCUGACACGCUGGAAAGAAGAGGUCAAGAAGAAACUAGACUCUGACUAUAAAGAAGGUGGUCAGAGGAACUGGGUGCAGGUGUUCUGUAACGGUGGUGUCCCCACAGAGCUGGCGCUGCUAUAUAUGAUCGAGGUGGGUCCAGGGGAGAUGCCGGUGGACUUUGGGAAACAGUACUCAGCCUCCUGGAUGUGUCUGUCUCUGCUGGGGGCCUUGGCCUGCUCUACGGGGGACACCUGGGCUUCAGAGGUGGGGCCCGUCCUCAGUCAGACCAAACCCCGCCUCAUCACCUCCUGGAGAGAGGUCCCUACAGGGACCAAUGGAGGAGUGACCCCAGUGGGUCUACUGGCUAGCUUCCUGGGGGGCCUGGCAGUGGGCGUGGCUUACUAUAUCUCUCAGAUCCUAUUGGUCCGUGACCUGCACCUGGCUGAUCCCCAGUGGCCAAUCAUAAUCUAUGGAGCCAUGGCUGGCCUAAUGGGGUCCAUGUUGGACUCUGUCCUGGGAGCACACUGGCAGUACUCAGGUUAUGACGUAAACCUCGGAAAGGUUGUCAACUGUGCGUCUGUGACAACUAAGAGGAUAUGUGGGAAGCCUAUCCUGGACAACAAUGGCGUUAACCUCUUCUCUUCCAUCAUUGUAGCUCUGGUACUUCCUGGUGUUGCGUGGAGCUUCUGGCCUCACUAGGGAAGGAACUCUUGUGCGCUUCCCUGAUUUUGUAUUUUGUCC